CUCCCCGCCGCAGUGGGAGGAAGUCGGACCACAAAGCAAGCAGAGCCGCCGUGCUAGCAAAAAAACACAGAAAAACACUUCGAAGGGGGGACUCCAGCGAAACAUGUGCUAUAUCGGAGCUGAAAACGCUUAGUUGAAACCAGCGGACUGGCAGCACACGGCCCCGGCGGCAGCGCACGGGCACUCGGUGAAAAGUAGCCGAGUGUGGGCUCCCCCAGCGCGGAAAGCCUGGUAGGCAGGAGUCGGUCGGGGCUGGCGCGGAGCACGACGACCUGCUUGGUUUUUAUUCCGCCUCCAGCAGGGUGUCGUGUCAGUUGUUCAGCAUCUACCCAGGCUGGUUGAAACUGCCCCUCUCACCUCGCCGCCGCCUUCUCGGUUAACCGCAGUUUACGGAGGAAAAGUUACCGUUUAACGAGCGAACUACCAAGCGAUCCUCAUCCCAGCGCUCCCUCCCCCUCCUCCGCCAUCAAGCGUCACCGUCAGCCCACAGUCGGUAGCGAGAGCUGGGUCUCCAGGAGAGGAGAGGAGCGGAGAGGGAAGAAGAGGGGGAUUCAGCCCCUCACUGAGUGAUAACACAACUAGCAGCCAUGGAUUAUAUUUAUCUCCUUUUUUGAGUCCGGCGGACGGUUGAAGACUUGAUUCUCGGAAACGCUGCGAGACUUCCCCAAUAGGAGUCGCAGCCGUUAGCUUGAAUUCGAGCCAGUGUUAGUGCUCAGCUAGUGUUUGUGGCUGCAACCAAGCUUAUUUUAAUGAAAAAAUCCGAUUCGAAACAGUCAAGGGUAUACAAUUGUAGUGUUUACCCACUCUGGCGCUUAUUAGCCUACUAGCUAGCAGGUUGGAUUUCGCUCGCUAGCGCGGUGGCUAACUAGCAGACAAAUAUCGAUAUCGCCAGCAGGCUAAAACUAGUUAGCGCUCUCUCGGACGAUUUGGCUGCUGAUUAGUUAAAUACAGCCUCUCUCCUGGACUGGAUUAGGUGUUAAACCUCUUAAGGUGGCCGUAUUUGCUUUUUACUUGCGUGUGUGUGUGAUUAAUGACAGGAAAGGAAGGCAGCCAGCAGCAUAAACAGCAGUGGCGUGUGGAUUUUACGGAGUCCUGGCUCGUCUUGUGCUUUUAUUUGUGCCAAAACGCGGCUGUCGGGAUAGAUUUGCAUUUCUCUGGUGCACCAGCCAGCCGAGACAUCGAGGACAGCGACCCCCGGCACCCCGAUGGUGUACAUCUCAACCUGUCCACCCCACCAGCGUCCUCCCUCCUCAGUCUCCCCUUUAUUCUCUGAUCGCUGUUGGAGAGGCAGUUACACGUGUCUCUGUUUUAUUCCUGUAAUGUAAAGCAGAUUUUCUGCAAAGAAGCCAGUCAUUGUUUUUUUCUGACUGCCACUGACUUUUACUAAAAUUAGAAGAAUCCCCCCCGUGCUGCACAGUGUUUACAUUUUAAAGGAAAACCCCUUGAAACACAUGCAGCUCUGGAGAAAAAAAAAAACAGCCGUUUGGACACAUUUCCACUAAGAGGACCAGGGAAGUCCCCGGAGACCUGUAGGAUCUGACAGCUGCCUUCAGACACAUCACAGUAAUACAGAGCGAGGCCCUCUUUUCCUGCGUUAUUUGCCACCUUUCCUGCUCACCAACGCGCGUAAAAACCUGCGUUUUUGCAGCUAAAUGGGAUUACAAGCCUAGUGAUCUGUUUCUAGAGUAACCUGUCACCCAUAUGUCUUCCCUCGUGAAUUUCCUUUUUUGUGUCACAAUGCUGCUGGUUUGAAGUGCACAGACUGUACAAGCCGCAGACAACGACGCCUCUUUCCAGCGGAUGGUCAGCCCCGCCGUGCGCCAAACGCACCCCGGCCCUUGAUGUUGGUGCUAUCUGCUGGAGGAGGACAUUGUUUUCUAAUUCCCUGAAACAAAAGCCAUCCCCAGCCCGGUUGUUCUAUCGAUUUGGUCGUGCCAGGGUCGAAAGAUGGCGGACCUCGAAGCAGUGCUCGCCGAUGUCAGCUAUUUGAUGGCGAUGGAGAAGAGCAAGUCUACUCCAGCGGCCCGGGCGAGCAAGAAAAUCAUCCUUCCCGAGCCCAGUAUUCGCAGUGUGAUGCAGAAGUACCUGGAGGAAAGAGACGAGCUGACGUUUGACAAAAUUUUCAACCAGAAAAUUGGCUUCCUACUGUUCAAAGACUUCUGUAUGAACGAGAUCGACGAGGCUGUGCCACAGCUCAAGUUCUACGAAGAAAUUAAGGACUACGAGAAGCUGGACUCUGAGGAGGAGAGGCUGAGCCGCAGCCGGCAGAUCUACGAUGGCUACAUCAUGAAGGAGCUGCUGUCCUGUUCACAUCCAUUUUCCAAGAAAGCGGUGGACCAUGUGCAGACUCACUUGACAAAGAAGCAGGUUCCCCCGACUCUCUUCCAGCCAUACAUAGUGGAGAUCUGUGACAGCUUGAGAGGGAAGAUCUUCCAGAAGUUCAUCGAGAGUGACAAAUUUACUCGUUUCUGCCAGUGGAAGAAUGUGGAACUCAACAUCCAUCUGACCAUGAAUGAUUUCAGCGUGCAUCGGAUCAUUGGCAGGGGCGGCUUCGGAGAGGUGUACGGCUGCAGGAAGGCCGACACGGGGAAGAUGUAUGCUAUGAAGUGUUUGGACAAGAAGAGGAUCAAGAUGAAGCAGGGAGAGACUCUGGCGCUCAAUGAGAGAAUCAUGCUGUCAUUAGUCAGCACAGGGGACUGCCCGUUUAUCGUGUGCAUGACGUACGCCUUCCACACUCCCGACAAGCUGUGCUUCAUCCUGGACCUCAUGAACGGAGGCGACCUGCACUACCACCUGUCUCAGCACGGAGUCUUCAGUGAGAAGGAGAUGCGUUUCUACGCGGCCGAAAUCAUCCUGGGUCUGGAGCACAUGCACAAUCGCUUCGUUGUCUACAGAGACCUCAAGCCAGCUAAUAUCCUGUUGGAUGAACACGGUCAUGUUCGUAUCUCCGACCUUGGCCUGGCCUGUGAUUUCUCCAAGAAGAAGCCCCACGCCAGUGUUGGCACUCAUGGCUACAUGGCUCCAGAGGUCCUUCAGAAGGGGACAGCGUACGACAGCAGCGCCGACUGGUUCUCCUUAGGCUGCAUGCUCUUCAAACUUCUCCGAGGGCACAGUCCCUUCAGACAGCACAAGACCAAAGACAAACAUGAGAUUGACCGCAUGACGCUCACCAUGAAUGUGGAGCUGCCAGACUCUUUCACUGCAGAGCUCAAAGAUCUUCUGGAGGGGCUUCUGCAGAGAGACGUCUCCAAGCGACUGGGCUGCCAGGGCCGAGGAGCCCCGGAGGUGAAGGAGCAUCAGUUUUUCAAAGGCAUCGACUGGCAGCAGGUGUACCUGCAGAAGUACUCUCCUCCUUUAAUCCCUCCCAGGGGGGAGGUGAACGCCGCAGAUGCUUUCGACAUCGGCUCCUUUGAUGAGGAGGACACUAAGGGCAUCAAGCUGCUGGACAGUGACCAAGAGCUGUACAAGAACUUUCCUCUGGUCAUAUCGGAGCGCUGGCAGCAGGAGGUCGCAGAGACGGUGUACGAGGCCGUCAACUCGGACACCGACAAGAACGAGGCUCGCAAGAGGGCUAAAAACAAGCAGCUGGGCCAUGAGGAGGACUACGCUUCCGGGAAGGACUGCAUCAUGCACGGCUACAUGCUGAAGCUGGGCAACCCGUUUCUCACUCAGUGGCAGCGCCGAUACUUCUAUCUGUUCCCCAACCGUGUGGAGUGGAGGGGGGAGGGCGAGUCGCGGGAGAAGUGGCUAAAACAUUUUAAAAAGCAGAGAGACGGGCAAAACCUGCUGACGAUGGAGCAGAUUGUGACGGUGGAAGAAACGCAGAUUAAAGACAAGAAGUGCAUCCUGCUGCGUAUCAAAGGAGGGAAACAGUUUGUCCUGCAAUGUGAGAGUGAUCCGGAGUUCGUGCAGUGGAAGAAGGAGCUGACCGAGGCGUUCACAGAAGCCCAGAAGCUGCUGCGUCGCGCCCCCAAAGUGAUCGGGAAGGGCCGGGCCGGAGUGGUGGAGCUCUCCAAACCUCCCCUCACACACCGCAACAGCAAUGGCCUGUGAACACACAUCUGCACACACACACACACAUGCAUACAAACACACACACACACCUCGACACACACACACUGCACCCUCCUCAUCGAGACGUUCACAUCCUCCCACCUGCCCAUGACGCCUCAUGGUGUGUGUACGGACCACCAGCCUCUGACGACGACACACACCUGACCACGACCAAUCAGAAUAAAUUUUUUCGGGUUUUUUUGUUUGUUUGUUUGUUUGUGGGACCCUGCCAGUCACAGAGAGGACGAAGAAACAUUCAGGAGGAUUCAGCAUGUGAAGAACCUCCGCGUGAAUGUGACGCCCGGUCCUCUCUUUACCCCCCACUACAACCACCACCACCACCACCACUUGGCUCUGGUUGGAGGUGUCCUCUCUCGGAUCGCUGUGGAGCACAGCAGCCUGAUCCAAGCAGCAUUACUGUUGGCCAGCGAGGAGCAGGAGGGAUCCCUCUCUCCUCCCAAUCUUUCUCUGUGAGGUGAUGCAGAUGAGACCAGGCUCUAGCGGAGAAUGUAAAAAAAAAAAAAAAAAAAACACAUUUAAAACAAAACGGCUGCUCGACUGGUUCUCCUCAUCCCUCCCCGUAACCAUUCCUCCCAGACGUGCGUAAAAGUGCCAACAUCUGUAUUUUACUUGAGUCACAUGAGCGGCCGGGAGGAGCUGCUCUGGUGGUGGAUGUCACCCCUCAGACACUUGGAGGGCGUUGGCGGUUGAUCAUUCCAAUGCAGAGUAUGGGACGGACCCUCUCAGAUUGGCUCUUGUGCAGCCAGUUGCCAUAGAGACUGAGAUUUCAUUGGCUGACAGACAGCAGCCGGUUGCUAUGGGAACCAUGAAGACCAGUGUACCCGAGGGGAUCGGUAACCACGGGCGACGGUAUUGUGUAUGAAGGCUGCACUUGCAGAAAAAGAGGCGAAGUGACUCUUGAGUGUAUAUAAGCAACCCUUUCUCUGUGCAUCUCCAGUGUUUUAGUCCAGUGUGUUUGCAUUAUCGGGGACUUCUGUCUGCCUGUUCGUGAUUCUGUCCUCGCUUUCAGGGGAGGGAAGAAGAAGUAGAGGAGGCGUCAGGCGGGGUGGGUGUUGGGGUGUGGACAGGCAAGAGUCUGACAGCUUUCAAUCACUCGUAGCGCUGCAUUACCUCAGUUGGAACUGUGUCUGUUUGAAGAACCUCUUUAAGGGCCAAACGUUGCGCUCGGCCGCAAUUCACUGUCGCUAGCACACAAUCAUCCCCACAGUUUUACAUGACGACUCAGCUGUUGUUGGAGGACAAUGAAGAGCUGAAGCUAAUUAAAGGAAAAAUCCACCCUCAAACACAGCUAGCUAUCUCUUUUACAUGUGACCUGUCAUGUUAAAGGCGUGUAAAGGUGUUUCUAUGUUUUUUGUUUUGUUAUGAAGGGUUGAAAUUUUCUAAUUUUUGCACUCAUUCCAGCCUCUAGACAGCAAUCAGUUGUUUCCAUUUAAAAAAAAAAACAAAAAAAAACGAGGAAGUUGCAAAUGCUUACCCAAACUGCGAUUUUCACUGCCAUUCUCAUCACUGAUUAAUCUGCCAAUUAUUUUCGUAACUGUUUGGUGUAUAAAAUAUUGAGAAAAUGCUUGUUUUAUUCAACCAAAUGUCCCAAAAUAAUUACUUUCCAAUCAGACAAGCCAAACGGGCGUCAUAUCUUUGAAAAGCUCCAGCCAGGGACAAGCAGGUAAUUAAUAAUUAUUCAAGUGUAGUGCAGUUUCGUUGCACUCUGGGCUUGUAGAGAGUCCUGAGCAGCUGCAGCGUCUAAAUCACAUCUCCACAUCAGGAGUUAGAGGUGAGCAGAGCAGGUUUUUGACUCGCAAAUAAUCAGAAAAGACUGUGGCCAUACACUUGCAGCCUCUCCAUAUAUGAUCAGAUUUUGCCAUGAAUUAAAAUCUGUCCUUUUUUUAAAGUUGCCAACAUUCUUUUUACAGUUUGCCUGUUGUGUGCUGACUGCAGUGCUCUCAGCAAGGAUUUGAUUUCAUUCCUGCUGCUUAAAUUAAGACGUUCUGCAGCUGUGUACCUGCAGCCCAUAGGGAGAGCACAGAAGUGUGUUGCUGCCACAGCAAAAAAAGGAAUUAGUACCAUGUUACAACAUGAGAAUGUCUUGUUAUAACGUGAAAACAUCUCAGUAUAAGCUACAAACUACUUGUUAUAACAUGAAAACAUCUCCUUAUUACGUGAAAACAUCCUACUGUGUCAAAAUAUCUCUCAAACAAUACGCUUUUGUGGUAGAGCUUAUUUGAAAAACAGCUCAAUACGAAGUUAGCUGAAGAUAAUUCUAAAUAAUUGUGAAUGUGGACGUCUCUGGAACAGACCCUCCACUCUUUGACUUUGGCUCUGCAUCGGCUCAUUAGAGUAGAUCUUAACUUGUAGAGUUGACUGGACUCCUCAGCUACAGCAGCACUCAUAAAAACACAUCGACAGCAUAAAUCAGCAUCCUGCAUUUACGUCCCGUCACGGUGUUUCAGGGUGGAGUUUUCCUCAAAAUCUUUUCACGAUUUUACGUCUUUAUUUCUCCUGAAUGUGACGCAGCUCAGACAAAGUGUACCGUUCUUAUCGUCGGGGCUCGAAGUUGAACAGAAGGACAGAAAGUCGCACAAAGUUUAAGGACACGCAGCCGAGGAGGAGCAAACGGUUUGUUGUUCAUAAAUUUCAGGGCUUUUAUUUCUCAUGCAGUACAGUGUCCUUGUCUGUGAUGUCCAUGCAUUUCCAGAGCUGUGAUGUGUGACCUUCAGUAGGAAAAAGGUUGAUAGGGGUGCAUCGUGAUUGUUUUUUAGGGGUUUUUUUGUUUCUUUGUAGCCUUUACCAGUCAGGGGGAGAUAUUAUCGUCUUAUAGAGAAAUGUUGUCACCUCUCAAGGUGUCUUUUAUUUUUGUAAACCAAAAUGGUUUUUAUUGUUUUCAUUAUGUUGUUGCACCUUUUUAGCCCGAUGUAAUAGUUGUUAAAUGUGCCAAAUAACUGUUGCUGAUCGAAUGGAACCAGUGGGAAGCCUCCUUUUUCUGAACCUUCAACCCUUCGGACUCAAAAGUCAGCUCAAACACACACUCGAGUUCACACACAGGAACUUUGCGGCGGUGGAUGUUUUGAAGGGUACAAAACUGUGACCAAACAUUUUUUGCCGCCGGUGUGUGCGCGGCUCAGAGACAGACACCACCCACCUCUGUACUAAAAGUUUCCUUUCACACUGUAUGUAUGUCACGUGAGCGUGUGAGCCUCAUUAUCGCUAUCCAUUUUUGUUUUUACAUGCAGAUUCUCUGCUCAGACACACAAUUUAAAAAGGAUGGCAUAUAGGAAAAAAAAUUAAAGUAUAUAUAAAUAUAUGUGUAUAUGAAAUGACAAAAUGCUCUAGGUUUAUUUAAAAGAUUUAAUGUAGAAAACAAAAUAAAUUUGUUGCGGGGAGGUCGGGGGUUUUGAUGUGAGUAUAAUUGUUUGUGGUGAAGACUUCAGCUCGAAUCUUGCACAUAAAGACUUAUUAGAGAUAUUGUACCUGCGAAUUCCAGAUAAUUAUUUUUGUUCGGACUCUUUGCUCUUUCAUAUUUAUUGCGUGAGCGGGGAGCUGCCUCGCUGCCUCCACGCUGUAGAAAAUCCUCCGGUUUACACCCAUCAGAAACUCUCUUGUUUUUCAUAUGCCACAGACAAACACAGAUACUACUGGCUUUGGGUUAUUGAAAUUAAGGUCAUGAUAAUACUGAUAUAUAAUUGAUAAUAUUAUUCAGUGAUUAUUAUAAAAUUUAUUUUAUUUCAAUGAUUUUUUUUGUUUUGUUUUUGAGACAGGUAGGAAGUUGCGUGUUGGACUGCUUGUAAAAACAGUUCAUGAAUAAAAAUCCUUUUUCCGUGUU